AUGCCUGAAAAGAAAGACUGUAUGAAUGUUGGCGUGAUAGGCGGUGGAAUUGCCGGUCUCACAGCUGCCUUAAGUUUGAGGAAGUUUGGUCACGAGGUGACCAUCUACGAAAGAUAUCAUUACGCAGGAGAGGUCGGGGCCAGCUUAUCGUGUGCCUCUAAUGGAGGUCGUUUGCUCAAAGAGCUUGGUGUUCCACUCCUGGAUACUAAACCGGUCAUUCUCAAAAAGCUGAUCAAGCGUAAUUUCCAAGAUGGAGAAACCACCGGGGUUUACGAUCUUGGAGAUUAUGAGAAGUCGUUUGGUGUUCCUUACUACAAUCUCCACAGAGUCGACAUUCACGACUUGUUGCUCAAGUGCGCUCUUAGCGAGGAAAUGGAAGGAAUCCCAUGUAAAUUGCUGGUUGACCACAAAGCUCUCUCUGUGGACGCGGAGAAUGGAAAAGUCAAAUUUGAAAAUGGGUAUGAAGCCGCGCAUGAUCUGAUCGUGGCAGCUGACGGUAUCAGAUCGCUUACUCGUGAGCAAAUUGGCAACGAGCCAAACUUUACUCCUUCUACAUCAUGUUGUUUCAGAUGUCUGUUUGACACGAAGGAAGUGCUUGCUCGUGGUUUGACUGACUACUCCAAGAAUGAGGCCAUCGAGUACUGGUGGAGAGGAACUCCAGGAUUGUCUGGAAUUGAUAAGAUUGUCAUGUCUCCAUGUAAAAAUGGUGAGGUGGUCUCCUGCUACUGCUUCUAUCCAUCUUCUAAGAACGAUCUAAGAAUGGGUGGAUGGAACGAUGAGGCAUCAACUGAAGAGCUCUGCGGCACAUUCCCCGAUCUUGAUCCUAAAGUGCUCGAUCUCUUCAAGAUUGCCUACGACAUCAAACAAUGGAGACUUUAUGUUCAUCAACCAUACGAGCACUGGCAGAAAGGAAAAGUGGUGCUGCUUGGAGAUGCGAUUCACCCAAUGAUGCCGGACCAAUCUUUGGGAGCUGUCACUGCUAUCGAAGAUGCUUUUGCUAUCGGAUACAUCUUCAGCAAAGAGUUCAAUUUUUCUGUUGAAGAUGGCUUGAGACUUUAUCAGGAGGUCAGAAAGCCAAGGGCUACCAGAAUUCAGGCCGCUUCCCUGAGGGCUAGGGAAAACUUAAAUGAACGUAUCGGAUGGUCUUCCAAGGAAAACGACAACCCAGAUAAACUUACUAUUACCGAGAUUUGCGGUUACGAUAUCAAGGAAGACAUCAAAAACACGGCCAUGAAACUGGGAAUUUUAUAG